UUAUGUAUCAAAAAAAUAUCACUUUGUUGCUCUUCCUCCCAAGCAAAUCCCCACACUCCAUCCCUAGCAGCCGGCAGGCGGCACUCCGCGGCAGACCGGAGAAGGCAAAGAGAGGAAACAAAUGCCGGCAGCUCUUUUCUCCUCCUCUCUCCUGAGUCUCCCCCCUGCCCUCUCUCUCCAAAAACCCACACCAUCAUCAUCAUCAUCAUCGUCGUCAUCAUGCUCGCUGCUCAAGCUCUCCUCUCGUUCUCCUCCUUCCUAUAACAUCGCCUCCUUCCGACGACGCUCUUGCGCUUCCCGACGCUUCUACAGCCCACAGGGAGACCGUCAUCCUCCACCCUUCCCUCCUCUAAUAACAGCAGAUCCUGAAGCGAAGGGCGACGCUUGGGAUCCGUCACGGCACGAGGCCCUUCUCAAGGGGGGCGAGCAGGUCGUCUCCCUGCUUCAGGAGAUGCUCAAACUGUUGGAGGACAUGGAGAUGGACGAGGCAUCAGAGCCGAUGGCGGUGGAGAUAGUAGCACAGGGGGUUAUCGGGAAGAGGGUGGAUGAGAUGGAGUCUGGGUUCAUGAUGGCUCUCGACUACAUGAUCCAGAUUGCUGAUAAGGAUCAUGACGAGCAGCGCAAGUCCAUUCUAGAGGUGAUCAAGCAAACAGUUUUAGAUCAUCUCACAAAGAAGUGCCCUCCACACGUUCAGGUGAUUGGUCUUCUAUGCCAAACUCCUCAAAAAGAAAGCAGACAUGAAUUACUACGGAGAGUAGCUGCAGGUGGAGGCGUAUUUAAAAGUGAGAACGGCCUUAAAGUUCAACUUCCAGGAGCAAAUCUUAAUGACAUUGCUGACCAGGCUGAUGAUUUGCUGGAGAAUAUGGAAUCACGACCUACUCUUCCUGAUCGAAAGCUGUUGGCAAGACUUGUUUUAGUCCGAGAGGAAGCUCGAAAUAUGAUGGGGGGUGGGCUAUUGGAUGAAAGAAAUGAUCGUGGUCUCAGUACACUCCCUGAAGCAGAGAUACGGAUACGGGGAUACGGAUACGACACGAUACGGAUACGGCGAUACGGCAAUUCCUAAAACUUCUAGGAUACGAUACGCGGAAUAUACUUGAAUAAAAUAUUAUUUUAAAUAUAUUUAAAUAUAUGUUGAUUAUAUGUAAUAAUAUAUUGAGAACAAUCAGGACAUCUGGACUAUAUUAAGGAAUAUAUUCUAAUAUGCAUUAACUUGUA